AUGGUUAUCGAAACAAGCCCUGACGCUCCUCUGGGAACAAUACCUAGAGAGACGGUUGUUUCCCGCCAUGAUAGCAUAUCUUCGGAGCCCCCGGCUUCAAGCUCGACACAGGCGCCAGAGGAUCUGUCUUUGGACAGAAGCAGCGAAACGUCCUGGUCUGAAGAAGCAGCUGACGCGGAGGACUGGGCCGCCUUCUACCCCAAAGCCACUCUCGCACAUCGACUCCACGAGCUUUUCGAGGAGAACAUCACCGCAAAAAUCUGCCGCACCGCGACGAAAUCCCUGGAAGAAAAGUUCGUAUACAACUCUAACACGACCCGAAAGGUUCCCAUCGCCUUCCCGGAAAUUGUCCCGCAAGAGGGGCCCAACGCGGGCAAAUAUGAGUUCCGCGACCCGGACUUUUGGACUUGUGGCUUCUUUCCAGGAACCAUCUAUGCUCUACUAGAGCGAACCAUCAAACACCCACAAACCAUGCAUCUCUCAAACGUAGGACCGGAGCUGAAUGUCGCCGGUCUGCGCGCCCAUCUGCGGGAGCUAUGUGAUAUCUGGGUAGAUCCACUCCACAGCAUGGCCAGCAGAACGGAUACCCAUGAUAUCGGGUUCAUUAUCAUGCCCGCUCUCCAAAGAGAUUGGGAGCUCACUGGAAACCGAAAAAGCUUCGACUCAAUUGUCAGAGCGGCUCGAAGCCUCGCAACUCGCUAUAUUCCCACUGCUGGUGCGAUCCGGAGCUGGGACUGUCUCUUGAAAAAGGACAUUACCGUCACUGAUAUGAACACCAAUCUGUUGGCCAUCAUCGACAGCCUCUGCAACUUGGACCUUUUGUUUUACGCAUCCGCACACACCGGGGAUACUACACUUGCAGACAUCGCCGCUACUCACGCACGUACGCUGCUGCAUACCCAUCUACGGCCUGAGACCGCGAAGACUCUGGCCAAGGAUGGGUACCGGGGCCAACUUUACUCAACCUGCCAUGUGGCUAAUAUUGACCCUGCCACCGGAGAUCUCAAAUGGCGCUGGACGGCACAGGGGUACUCCAACGAAUCUACUUGGGCUCGCGGGCAGAGUUGGGCGAUCUUGGGAUAUGCUCAAACGUACCUGUGGACGAAGGAUAAGAUUUUCCUCGAAGCAGCUUGUGGCGCCGCGGAGUAUUUCUUGUACAGGCUCGACACUGCGCCAGCUUGUGUGGGAAUACCAGUUACCAGCGACCAAAAUGGCGGUAGUUCUUUGCGAGAAGGCUUACCCGGAAAGACCAAGGGACGUCGAGUUCCUCUCUGGGACUUUGAUGCACCCAUACAAGACACCUCGAACCCUCUGAGAGAUUCCUCCGCGGGUGUGAUCACCGCGAACGGUUUGUUACUUCUGUCACAGGCCCUCACGAGCGUCCAGCAACACGCCUUGGCUCGCAGGUUCUUUGAUGCUGCAAUUGGCAUAGUCAGAGACACCCUCGAUCAUUCCCUCGCCACGGAGAAGGCCCAGUUUACUAGGAACGACAGACAUGCAGGCGUGACUGUCGAGGACGUGAUCACCGGGAGAACCUUUGAAGGUGUUCUCAAGCACGGAACGGCCAACAACAACGAGAAUGCACGACGCCGGUACGCUAACCACAGCUUGGUAUACGGGGAUUACUAUCUCGUAGAGUUUGGAAACAGGCUUUUGAACAUGAGUUUGGUUUAG